AUGCCUGAUGUCAAGUCCGAGAUAUUCAUCCCAGCUCCGCCCGAGCGAGUUUGGGACGUCCUGGCCGACUUCAAGUCCUAUCCCGAAUGGAACACUUUUAACCCGACCAUGAGCUGCGACAGCUUCCAGGCAGGGAGUACGGUCCGCUUUCGCCUCGUCCUCGAUAUCAUCAAACCGCAACAAGUCACCACGACAAUGUACAGGAUCGACGUCGGCAAGGAGUUUGUCUGGGGGAACGUCCCACUCUAUUUCAACGUUCUGGGUCAUUCGGAGCACAACUUUACCGUGGAAUCCGCGACGGAGGAUGGUGUGUCGGGGACCAAGUUCUGGCAUGAGGAGCGCUUUCACGGUUUACUUGCCGCCAUCCUUCCAGGCGCCUUUUAUCGCAGUGUCCAACGGGGGUUUGACACCCUAUGUCGAGAUGUGAAGCGAAGAGCCGAAAUGAUUGAAGAGGGGAAUGUCGUUAAAGGGGCUGCCUCACCGUGA